AGAUUGAUUGGUUUCCAUUUGAAAUUCAAAUCGAUUCCAGCAUUUAACCAGUAAACAACUCUUAUUACCGUGAAAGAAGAGAUUCAUUCAAAAAUGAAAUUGGCCAUCAUCUUAACUGCCUGCCUUUUUGGGACUGUGUUUGCUCAAGAAGGGCUACCCGGUGGGUGGAAUUCACUUUCUACUGACGAUUCAACUGUUAACCAGUUAGCUAUUAAAAGUGUUAAUCACCACAACUCAGUCAACAACAGUGCCUAUUACAAGAAACUUGUUAAAAUCCAAGAAGCUCGAUAUCAAGUCGUCGCUGGAUUCAAAUAUGAAAUUAAAUUUUUGAUUGGCAAAACCGAAUGCGCUAAAACUGGAAAUUAUACCGAUUCAUGUCAAGUCGCUGUUAAUUCACCUACUGAACUAUGUACUUAUGUUUUCUGGAUGCCUCCUGUUGAUAAAGAUCGAAUUACUUCGUUCGAUUGUGUUGCUACAAAGUAGUUUGAAGAUCGUUUGAUUCAAGCAGUUUAUCAAGUCCACUUGAAUAAAGUGAAGAUGUUCUUGAAAAACAUCUUACAAUCAAUUGUGAGGUUUUCAUCAACUGAUUGCUUCAUCUCGUUCAUCUGUUUUUAUAAUAAUGUAUUAGUAUGGUUAAUUUGAGGUGAAAUUAAUAAAAAAUUAAAGCAUUUAAAUAUUUU